GUCUGCGCAGGCAGCGCUGGACCGGCCCUUUGAAGCGGGGAUAGAGUAACACUGACCCGGGCAGCAGCAGUUCUCCUCAGCCCUCUCGUGGGAAUGAGCUGCCAACCCUUUACUUCGGCUGACACCUUUCUACCCCUGAAUUCUGAGGCUUCUGCAGCCCUGCCUCUGAUCAUGCACCCCGGCGCGGCCGAGUGCCUCCCAGGCUCCAACCACGCCACCAACGUGGUGUCCACAGCAACAGGACUUCAUUAUUCUGUUCCUUCCUGUCAUUAUGGAAACCAGCCAUCUACCUAUGGAGUUAUGGCAGGUGGCCUGACCCCGUGUCUCUACAAGUUACCGGAGCACGGCCUGGGCCCCGGCUUCCCCGCCGCGCACCAGCCGCUCCUCGCGGAGGGCCCCGCGGUCGCCGACUUCAAGCAGGAGCUCAGGCGGAGGAGCAAACUGGCUGAGGAGCCCGUAGACACGGAGUCUCCAGAAAUCCGAGAGCUCGAGAAGUUCGCCAACGAAUUCAAAGUGAGGAGAAUCAAGCUAGGAUACACCCAAACCAACGUGGGGGAAGCCCUGGCAGCUGUGCAUGGCUCUGAAUUCAGUCAAACGACUAUCUGCCGAUUUGAAAACCUGCAGCUCAGCUUUAAAAAUGCAUGCAAACUAAAAGCAAUCUUAUCUAAAUGGCUGGAGGAAGCUGAGCAAGUGGGAGCUUUAUACAAUGAAAAAGUGGGAGCAAAUGAAAGAAAAAGGAAGCGAAGAACAACUAUAAGUAUUGCUGCUAAGGAUGCUCUGGAGAGACACUUUGGAGAACAGAAUAAACCUUCCUCUCAAGAGAUCAUGCGAAUGGCUGAAGAACUGAAUCUUGAAAAAGAAGUAGUAAGAGUUUGGUUUUGCAAUCGAAGGCAGAGAGAAAAACGGGUGAAAACAAGUCUGAAUCAGAGUUUAUUUACUAUUUCUAAGGAGCAUCUUGAAUGCAGAUAAAAUUUACUGUUGUAUGGCAGUGAGUUUUUCUAUUUUUCAUCCCUUUCUCUUCUCCAACAAAAAAACCCCCAGAAAUUAGUUAUUUGGCUGGCUUCAAAAAUCAUUUUUAUAUCAGUAACUUUUGCAGAGGCUUUUCUACUUUUUUUUUCUUAAAGAAUACAAUUUAAAUAUUGACAAACUAUUUUCAUUAAAGUAAUUCUUUUCAGAAGCCAAACGGUACAUUUUUAAGCCAAAGAUACCAACAGGAUUAAAACAGUGAUUCCCUCUCAAUCUCUCUUCCUCUUGCUCUAUCUACAGACACACACACACAUAUACACAGUGUGCACAUGGAUCUUCUAGUUUAAGAUUUCUUUUCCAAAGGCUGUUUAUUAGCUUUUUAACAUUUCAUUGAUAAUGCCAAAUAAAGAAUAUCACUGUAGAAGAUACAAUCAGAAAACUGAUUUAACCGACAUCCUGCUUGCCAUCAGCUAUAAUAGUUUGUUGGAACUAAAUAGUUUGCACUUAAGAGCAAGAUGUGCCUUUGAAUUACAUUAGUGCAUUUAGGAAUAAAUCUUAGAGGCGACAUUUUUAUCUUUUAUUCUUCCCACAGAUUUAGCUUUUUUGAUGUUUAUUGACAGACAAUAUGCAUUAUGGAUUCUUGAACCCUAAACUACCACAGUGCAGGAAUGAUUAUCUGGCCUGUUUGCUGUUUGCUGUUGUUUAUGCCUGGGAAAGUGUUUGCUCCUGGUGGGCAUGCAGUCUUAGUUAAAUGAACAAAGGACUGUGCUGUUAACAAUUGCUACUUACUACUUGAAGGGUGCCUAACUUAGUAAGUCUCACAACCCAGAAAAUCAUCCGGGAUCCUAUCAAAAAGGACGAUCACUUUGGUUUAAUUGGUUAGAUUAUGAUUUAUUGUUGAUGAAAAAGUUUGACCAUGAGUAUUUAAACUUGGAGAAUUAUAUCCAGGGAACAUAUUUAUUUAACUAAUAAGGCAUUUCUUUGAAAUUUGCAAGUAGAAGCAAACUAUAACGUGGUAUCAAUCUAAGAGAACUUUUUUUUGCAUUUAAAAUACAUAAAUUUGCUGGCACUGUGUUUGUAACUUAUUUUACAUAACAGAAGUGAAAACAAUUAGACCAAAUUUCAUUACUGAUUUAGAAUGCUUACUAAAUAAAUUAUACUGUCCUGUUUUAGCUUUCUGUGAGAUUAAUAAAGACCAAGAAUUAUACAGGUCAUAAUCUCUAUAGAUCAUAGGUGUUUAUGCAUGCAUAAUCACCAUUAAUUGGAUGGCUAGAAACUUUGAUAUAUUAAUAUAAAGAGAUCGUUUGCAGUAGCUUAAUCACCUAUGCUUAAGUACACAUCUAGCACCCAGGAGAGGUUGAACAAAAUAUACAAAGACUUUUAUUAUCCAAGAGUAAAUUCCAAAUUAUUCAGCCAUGUAGAUAUAUAAAUUCCUUCUCUGUAAUUAAUUCACCUGCUUACUACAUACACUAAUUGGGAAGUGAUCCUUCAGUUUGCAAAAGGGAGGGAUAGGAUGUGUAGUUGUACAGAUAUACAUUUAUUUACAUACGCAAAAUGCACAUAUGCGUAUCUGAAAGUUGCAAAGAGAAACAAAGUAUAAUGCACAAUAAAUAUUUGAAUAGUGACUUUUUUCCACUUUAAAUAUGAAUCUGCUAGGAACAUUUAGUCUUUCUACAACAAAAAUAAGCAUGUACAUAUGCUAAUAUCAUCAUCACAUAGACACGAUCAUCAUCCUAUCAUUCAUUCCAUAAGGUCAUUCCAGUUUAGAUACAACUAACAUUAGGAAGUUAUUUUUCUCCCUAAAAGGAAUUAUUUUGAAUCCUUAAUUUUGAAAUAGCAAAUCUUUAGUUAUUUACAACUUAAUUGUAAAUGCACUGGUAUUUACUAUUAACUUAUUUGUAUUGAGUUUUUUGAGACUAUUUAUUCUAACUACAUUUAUUUUAGUAGAUAUAGAUUGAAGUUUUU